GGUCACUGAAAAGCGAAGUAUUGAAUUCAACACGUUGGGUCUGUAAAAUCUGAUGUGGUAAACUUGUCCCAAAGUUUUACUUUAGUGAAGUGAUGCCCCCAAAGAAAAAACCAAACGAACCAGGGAAGAAAGCUGACCUGAAGAAAAAAGAAAAAAUUAUCGAAGACAAAACAUUUGGCUUGAAGAAUAAGAAAGGUGCAAAGAAUCAGAAAUUCAUCCAACAAGUUCAACAUCAAGUAAAAUUUGGAAACCAGAGUGCAAAGAAGGUAGAUCAGCAAGUAGGAAAGAAAGAUGAGAAGAAGAAGGAAGUUGAGGACCUGAACUUGAUAUUCAAACCUGUAACAACACAGAAAGUUGAGAAAGGAAUUGACCCUAAGUCUGUACUGUGUGCUUUUUAUAAGCAAGGACAAUGUAAAAAAGGUGACAAGUGCAAGUUUUCCCAUGAUGUAGACAUUGAAAGAAAGAGUGAAAAGAAGAGUAUUUAUGUAGAUCUGCGAGAUGAAGACUCCAUGGAAAAUUGGGAUGAAGCUAAACUAAAAGAAGUUGUUGAGAAGAAACAUGGGGAAGCUGAUAAGAAGAAACCCCCCACUAAUAUAAUUUGUAAAUAUUUCUUGGAGGCACUUGAGAAUAACAAGUAUGGUUGGUUCUGGGACUGCCCUAAUGGAGGAGACAAGUGUCAUUACCGACAUGCUCUGCCACCAGGUUUUGUUCUCAAUAAAGACAAAAAGAAGAACCAAGAAAAGAAAGAUGAAAUUUCCAUUGAAGAACUUGUAGAGAAAGAGAGAGCAGCUCUUGGGUCUAACUUGAUCAGAAUUUCAUUAGAAACAUUCUUGGCUUGGAAAAAGAAAAAAAUAGCAGAGAAGAAGGAAAAAGCUCAAGUAGAACAGGACAGGAAAAAAGCAGAAUUUAAAGCUGGUCAUCAUAUUGGUCUCAGUGGACGAGAGAUGUUUACAUUCAACCCUGACUUGGCUUUAGAAGGCCAGAUGGAUGAAGAUGAGGCAGCAUAUGACCUACUUCCUCGGGAAGAUAUUGAGAACUGUGAUUCAUGUGUGGAACUAACAGCUGAGGCUUUUAGCCUGCAAGUACAACAACUUGAAAAUGCAGGAUUAACAUUGCUAAGUAAUCUUCAUGAAGUGAACAGAAGAAAAGUAAACCUAUAUGGAGAGGAGGAAAAGCUCCCUGAAGCAGCAGGUGGAGAAGAUCAUCUCACUGCUACAGUAGAUGGAGAAGCCGUUCCAAUUGAUGAAAACCUAUUUGAUGAAGAUGAUGAAGAUCUCCAAGAAUUGGAUGAAGAUUUAGAGAGGUUGGAUGUGGAAUAAUCAAUGCAUAAUAAGUAGAAAUCCUGUAAAGUUAUAAAGACUGAAACUUGACUGUUGUAUCAUCCUUAAAGUAACUGAACAUUGGCAGUAACUUAGUCUCCCAGUUUCUUCUUAAAGAUAAUUCCAAGAUUGUUUCAUAAAGUGCUGAUGCCCUACUACUAGUAAAUGCCUGCUUUUUUAUUUAUUACUACUACUUACCAAUAUCUGUUAAAAGUAAAAAUAAAAUAAAACUACACGCUCUAUUGAACCUGAUAUUUUACCUUCAGUAUUUUGUUCAAAGCAAGUUACCAGGUUUGGUUUAGGCAAUUUAUUGCUCAACACAUUGAUUAAUUAUGUUUCUAAAAUUGAAAUGCUAAGGUAACCUUAAAACAAAAAUGCUAUCAUGUUGAUGAAAUUUUUAAAUAAAACAAAGUAUAAUAGGAGUGAAUGUGAUUUUUAAAACUGGUGAUUUUUCUAUCCUUAAAAAUUUGUAUCAUUUUUGGGUGCAGAGGUUGUCAAAUGUAUAUUUUUCAUUGGAAUAUCUGAUUACAGAUAUUUAUUAUUGCAAAAUAAAUGGUGAAAGAAAUGAAGCAGUGCAAGUUUAAUUCAUUGAUUGGCACACAUCAAAUAAAAGAAAUCCUCCAAUUUUCUGUAAAAUAUGUAAAAUGUAUUUUAUUUUCUAGGGCUCAACAAAAUGUUGAAGGAUUUAGAAUAGUGUUAUCUUUUAAAAGUGUUUUUAUAGAGCGGUAUGAGUUAACUCACUGUGGAAAAGAAAGUGAUUUCAUAGAGUACCCACAACCAUGCAGUUACAAAUAAUAAUUUAAUCAAUAUUAUCAGGUUUAGCAAAUGAUUAGUAACUUAUCAACUAUAUUGUCAUAAGUGAGAGAGAAAAAAAAAAAGUUAAAACUAUUAGGAUUAGUAACUGAUUAAGUUGGUAUCAACUAUAUACUAAAGUGAUUACAAAUCAAUAAUGUUAGGAUUAGUAACUGAUGAAGUUGAUUACCAUCAACUAUAUACUAAAGUAAUUACAAAUCAAUAAUGUUAGGAUUAGUAACUGAUCUAGUUGAUUACCAUCAACUAUAUACUAAAGUGAUUACAAAUCAAUAAUGUUAGGAUUAGUAACUGAUCUAAUUGAUUACCAUCAACUAUAUACUAAAGUGAUUACAAAUCAAUAAUGUUAGGAUUAGCAAAUGAUUUAGUUGGUUUCCAUCAACUAUACACUAAGGUGAUUACAAAUCAAUAAUGUUAAGAUUAGCAGGUGAUUUAGUAAUAACCAUCAACUAUGCUUUUUCAAGAGAACAUCAAAACUGUUAGGAAUAGCAAGUGUCUUAGUUGAUUACAAUGAACUAUAUUGUUACAAGUAAUAGCAACUUAACACUCUUAGGAUUGGUAAGUGAUUUUGUGGGUAACCAUCAACUAUGCUGUUGCAAGUAAUAACAAAUUAACACCCUUAGGAUUAGAAAGUGAUCUUAUGGGUAACCAUCAACCAUGUUACAAGUGAUAACAAAUCUACAAUGUUAGGAUUAACAAGUGAUCUAGUAUGUAACCGUCAACUGUGCUGUUACAAGUGAUAACAAAUCUACAAUGUUAGGAUUAACAAGUGAUCUAGUGGGUAACCAUCAACUGUGCUGUUACAAGUGAAAGCACUGUUAGGAUGAGCAAGUGAUUUAGUGAUAACCAUCAACUAUGCUGUUACAAAUAAUAAUACUGUUAAGAUUAGCAAAUGAUCUUAUGGGUAACUGUCAACUAUGUUGUUACAUGUAAUAACAAAUCAACAAUGUCAGGAUUAGUUAGUGCUCUUGUGGGUAACCAUCAAUCAUGAUGUUACAAGUAAUAACAAAUUAACAAUCUUAGAAUUAGCAAGUGAUUUAGUGGGUAACCAUCAACUUUUGCUGUUACAAGUGAUAAUAAAUCAACAAGUUAGGAUUAGCAAGUAAUCUGGUUGAUUUCCACCAACCAUUUUGUUAGGAGUGACAUUUUUAGGACAAAUAAGUAAAUGAAUAAAUGUUAAAUAAGUAAAAAAAAAGUAAUUUCCCAUAAUAAUGCUUGAAUUCACUGUUAUUUUCUGCUAUAAUUUCCUGUUAUUCCAUGUAUAUUUUUAACAUUUAUCAGUUUGUCCUGGAUGUUGCAUAUAAUGUGUUAUAACAUUCCAGUGCCAGGCAUUCUUGGGUGCUGUUACAUGUAUAGCUUUUCCAUAUGUAAAGUCUUUUUUUAUCCCCACUAAUUAUGAAUAGAAAUACUAUACCUGCUAACAUGAGAUGAUCAAAGUAGAUACUUAACCUUUCUUGAUGUAUUCACCUGUAGGUGAUUCUGUAAUAGUGUUUCUUUAUUUCCUAAUCCACUGUAAGUUUUUGAAAUAUAAGAAAUAUUUUUCUUGAAAAUUUCUAUACAAUAAUUAUGAAGUUAAUGUACAUAAAGCAAUAGCUGUCAUUGGAGGGAAAGAACCUAUUAUACAGUUGGAACAAUUUCUAACUUCCAGUUAUGUUAAUAAUAAGAAAAUGGAAAUGGUUAACGGUUCAACUGUACAGUGUUGCUUUAGCAGCAGUCAUCUGAAUUGUAUGUGUGAGAAUUGUAUUUAUUUUAACAUGAAGUUGUAUUUUACCCAACUUCAUGAUUCAAAGAAUUAAAGUACAGUGACCACAAUUAUGAAAUAUUUCUUUACAACUGUAAAGAACUUGUUAAACUUUUCCUUUGUAGUAAAUCGAAACAUGGAGUUAAAUCCUUUAAUAAAGUUGUUUCUGAUAAUAAUAAUACUUUAAAACUGAGAAGGUUUUGUCAUUUGCCCUGCUCUUAUUUAAAUAUGAAGUUAUAGAAACAUGUUUUGUUUUAAGCCAGUGGUCAGCAACCUUUUUUGAUCGCGGGUCAA